UUUUGUUUUUUAUAUUUGAAAAUUGAGACUCCGCUCCCAACAGACAUCACUAAAUAGUCUCGAGUUGUUUGCUUCUCAGUUUACCAAUCUCUUAUAGUUAAUACAUCUUCUUCUUUCUUCUUCCUCAACCGAUUUUUUAUCUCUUCAAUCAAUCUCAACCACAGAAAUUCAGCGAGAGAUUACACUUGUAAAUGGCGGAGCAAACCACCGAUUCAACCUCUCCUGCGGCUCUUGUCUCCACAUCGUCUCCGAAGAAAGAAAACACCAAUCCUGUUGAUUCCAAGCUCACUGAACUAAGCGAAUCAAGGGCCGAGUUGCUUAACAGGAUCCAAAAUCUCAAGCAGGACUUGCAAAGUUGGAGAGGUAAGCUCGACACCCAAGUUCAAGUCUACCGUGAGGAGCUCUCUGGGCUGAAGAAGACUCUUAAUCUUGAAGUUGAGCAGCUCCGUGAGGAAUUCAAAGACCUUAAAACCACCUUGAAUCAGCAGCAAGACGAUGUCUCUGCUAGCCUCAAAAGCUUAGGCCUGCAAGAGAACUCUAAAGAUUCUGAAGGGCAAAUGGAUAAGAAAAGCGAGGUGAAAGAAGAAAAAGUGGAACCUCUGUUGAUUGAUGAGAAUGGGAAAGAAGCAGAGCAUUAGACCAUGAAAAUGUUUCUUUCUUUAUCAUCUAUUAUGGCUACUACUACGUUGAGAUUGUACCGUUACUCUUUUAAAUAUGCUAGUACUGUGGUUUAGUUUCAAUGCGAAACACAACCAACUUUAGUAAUGAUCUCAAAACCAAA